AUGGAUUCUUCUUCAAAUCCUUAAGAAAAACAAAAUCAACUUAGAGAAUUGCUUAUGUAGACUUCAUUAAAUGAUAACUUAAAAAUAAAUUUAGUGUAAAGCGAAACAAAUAUUUUACAAAAAAUUGAAGAGUAAUUAGACUCUCAAGACAAUACAAAAAGAAAUGUAGAGAAAUUAUCUCUAAAGAGACUAUCCUUACUUCAUAAAGAUGGUUUCACUCCAAAAAGAUAAAGCAUUGUUAAAUCUCAAACACUAGCAAUAGAGCAAUCGGAAAAAUAAAAAACUAUUCCUCUUAAAAAAUUUAGAAAAGCUGCACUUGGAAUUCAAUUUGCUAAUGCCUUAGGAUCAGAAUUAUAUGAUACAAAUAAAAGACUACUAUAAAAAACUAUUGUUGAUAUUUCCGAUCCUAUUCAUUGUCAACUUGUUAUAGAUGUAUUAAAGAAGAAACAAAGAACUAAAAAAGAAAUUGACUUUAUCUCAAAAGCUGUCUCUAACUUAAAUUUCUUUGAAACUAAAAAAUAAGAGCUAGACCAAAAAUUGUAUGAAUAACUUUUUGCAAGCUUGAGUUAUGAGUUCUUUUAAAAGGAAGAAGUAAUCUAUCACCAUGGUGAUCAAGGAAAGAAAUAUUAUAUCAUCCUUAAAGGUUCAUGUUCUUUAUUAGUUCCAAAUACACAGAAUGAAAAUUUUAAAAGUAGUAAUUUGGUGAACUUCUAAGAAGAGUUUUAAAAGCUAAAAGAAAAAUAUGAUCAAUGCAGAAAUAAUAGUCUUUUAAUGUGCUCUCCUCAACUCAAAUCUAUUAAUUUCUCUCCAAAGAUUAAGGCAUUAAAUUUAUCUCCUAAUUAGAAAUAGCAUAUUCCAAGAGUUAUUCAAUCAAUUUAAGAAAUAUAAGAAGGAGAUUUACAUGGUAAUGAUUUUCACUAAGUAUAACAAAACAGAUAAAAUUAAAUGCUUUAUUCUUAGCCUUUAUCAAAAAAAUAAUUUAAUGAGAGCUCUUCUUUUGUUCAGCAAAGAAAAUAAGAAAACAAUAUCUCUGUGGCAAUAUAAAACAGUGCAAUUAAUGGAGAUUUUAAAAAGAGUGAACAGUCUUCUCCAUUGCAGCCUCUUUAAAAAACUCUUUCUACUAAAAAUAUUCCAAAGCUAGAUCAUAGUUUGAUGUCAAAUAAUACUGAUAACAUUGCUAAUUUCAUCAAUUACUGUUUUCCUGAUUUUAAUUUAACUUGCAAUUUCAAGUAAGGAGACUCAUUCGGUGAUGUGGCCUUGCUAACUAGAUCUAAAUAAUAGGGGACAGUUGUUUGCUAAGAAGAUACUCAUAUAAUGAGUUUAAGUAAAGAAGCUUUUGAUAGAAUUUUGGGAGAACAAUAAAAGCAAAUAGUAAAAAAUAACAUAAGAUACUUGAAAUAAUUUAGCUUCUUAGAAAAUAUUCCAGAUUCUACACUAAUGAAUCUAAUGAACUACUUGAAGUAAGUUCACUAUUAAAAAGGCGAAAUAAUUUAUGAUCAAUUUGAUCCAAGCAGUUAUCUGUAUUUCAUAAAAAGUGGAGAAAUAGAGCUUUCAUAAAUUGUUGAAUUCCCAGACAAUCACAAAGAAGAAGUUCAUUCUUCUUAAAAUGUUGAUGAAAAAACACAAAAAUAAAAAUUUCCUACAUUUAAUCACAUAUAAGAAGAAAAAUUAAAACAAAAAAAUCUAAAGAGAGUUAAAUUUGCUUUGAUUGGUGCAAAUAAUUGCUUUGGAGAAAAAGAAAUAAUACAAAACACUCCUAGGACAUAGAUGGCUAAGUGUAUAUCAUAGGUUGCAGAUAUCUAUUGCUUAUCUAGAGAACUACUAAUUAGUUACCUUAAAUUAUAUGACGGAAUUAAAUUAUUUAACAAAUUUAAUGCAUAAAAAGAAAAUGAAAGGUAAAAAAGAAUAGAUCAAGUUGUCAAAGUGUAAAGCAAUAUAAAAAAGAAAUUAGAAAAAGAAUACCAACUAAUAGAUUACAAGGCUAAAUAGAUACAAAGCCGUUUGCCAUCUCUUCCUGAUUUAGUUUCUCCAAAAUACUCUGUAAAUGAUUUGUCCUAAAUUGAAGCUUGUAUUAACAACUAAAAUAAAAAAUAAAAUCUAAUUCAAUCAAGCUUACAUUAGACUGUUGGAGAAAGUGAAUUAACUCAUUUUUAACCAUAUUUAAAUUAAAAUGAAAACACGUCAAUUUAAAAGCUGAAUUAAGGAUUAUUGUAGUAGUCUUUCCCAUCAAUAAAUAAUCUUCCUUAGAUACAAUUAAAGGAUUUAUCAAAGUAAAAAUUAUUUAUGGAUAUCAAAAAAAUUUCUAAGAAGAAGAGAAACAUUUAUAAUUAGCUUGCAAACUCUUAGAGUUCAAGUUCAUUAGAAAAUCAGCUUAAUUCAAAUGAGUAACCAAAACACUAAAAAGCUAAAAAAAAAGUUGAUAAGCUAGAAAUAAUUUUUGAUUAUUUUUUUGAACAAACACCAUUGUUAAAUAAAGUAUUUUCAUAAAGAGACCACCUUAAACCUAAACCUAUAUUAAGUAAAUCAAUAGAGAGCAACAACAGGAUCACAAAUUAAAUAAUCAGUUCAUUUACAUCAAAAGGAGAUUAGUCUAACUAAAAUGUGAAUAUUUCCUCUUUUAAUUAGGAAUAUAUCAUUCCAACUAUAUCUAAUUAGGCCAUUACUUCUAGAAAAGAUUUAGGCUAUUCAAAUAUUCUAAACAAUCAAUCUAAUAUAUAAUCACUUUCAACAAAUAAUGAGUUAUCUAGCUACCCAUAAAAAGAAAUCAUCCCAACAAUAAAUAACAUAAAUGAUGAGUAAACUCCUUAUUUAAAAGUUUUAUUGUAUGGAAACUAAAAUUUAGUCAAAGAUGAUAACUUAUUAAAAAAAUAAAGCUAAAAUUAAGAGCAAUAAUAUCAUGCACACUAAAACUAAGAAAGGAAGAGCUAGUCAAAGGAAAAAAAUAUUCAUGUCGAAAAGUUAAAGAAAUAAAAUGCCAACAAAUCUUUAAAUGUAAAAUAGUAACAAGAAAUUUCUUCUAAAAGUGAUCUUCAGCAAUCAGGUGAAAUAAAAUCGUUUGAAAAUAUAAAUAGGUCUAGAAAUACAUCUUUAUAAAAAUAAAAUCUACCUCCAUUUUUAUCUGCAAGAAACAGUCUUGGUUAAGUAAAGCAAAACAUUUUGUCUGCUUUUACUUCUUUGGCACCUCAGAAUUAAUAGAUUAAUAAAAUUUUGAACUUAGAAAUAUCACCUUCGUGCUAAUCCCCUAUCAAUCUAUAAAAUGGCCUCAAUCAUUUCGUAUCUCCAAGAGGUUUUGCAGCUCAACACAAAAUAUUUAAAAAAUAAUGA